UGCUUCUGUGGAAGGGUGGCCACAUGUCUCUGCAGCUCUGGUCAAGGGGCCUUUGGGAAGGAAUGACCUUAUCUCAGGUACUGGCCUAGAGAGAGGGAAAGUGCUUCACGAGGCCCUGCUGCAUCCAGGAGGCUCUCUUACCCCUUAUGACCUUUUCCAAGGAGGGUUGUUAGGAAUGGUUUAGAGAUGAAAACUCAGGGGCUCAGAGAUGUACGUGCCCUGGGCCAUGCUACUAGUAAGUGGUAUGAGGGUUUGAAUCCAGGUCCUUCCUCCUCCAGUGCUCCCUUUGUGCUGUAGGUCUCUGCCUGUGAGGUGAGGCAAGCUUCUGCUCCCUCCUACAGGAAGGAGCCAGGCAGUCACCCUACUCAGGUGAUGGUGGUGUGGAGCUCCCAUACAGCACCUGGGGGGGGGGGGUAGCAAGUGCUCAGUAAACAGUAGUCAUCAUCAUUAUGUGUAUUAUUAUUGUUCAGGGGCUGGGGUUUCUGAGGCUUUCUUGUCCCAUGGAAUCAGGCCCAGCUAUUGAGGCCUUUGUAAUUAUGACCAGGAGUGACCUCGAGUCUGGCUUUACUUGGUGGGUGUGAGGAGGUGGCCUGAUGCUCAGGCUUCAGGUGAGCUGUGACUUGGAUACGUGCUGACUCAACUGAAGCUGCCUGGGCUGGACUGGUCUCUGGGGGCUCCCUGGGGCCAGAGCCAGGACUCAGCCCUAGUAACUCCCACCCCCAAGCAGGCUCUCACAGAGAAUGAUGGGUGGGAGUGGGGAGACAGAGGGCAGCUGUUGACCUUAAGAAACCCAGACAUCUUUCUUCGAUCCAGGCCCCACCCCCUGGCCCUGCUUUCUCCCACUUCCCUCCAAGAAGGGCUGGUGAGUCAGGGCAGGGUGGAUCACUCACAAGGAAGAGUUCCUGUUGGCCUGGACCGGGGGACCCCAGACAUGGGGGUGGUCUGCCUGAGGCUGGUGUGACAUCAGCCUUGGCCCUCCCUGGCCCAGCUGGGGCAAGUUAGCUAUCCUGGCCCAGCUCAGCAGACAUGUAAGUGGGCCCCCUUCCUCUGACUUGGGCAAAGCCUGAGUAGGAGGCUGAGAAAAGCUGGCUUCUAGGCUAGGGGACAGUGGGUCACAGGCUGUGCUUUGAGAGUUAGGGGACCUCCUCUCAGGCUCCAGCCUCCUGUGGCUGCGCUAGGAAGGAUCUAUAACACCUUUCUCUGGGGGGGCGUGGGCCAGGAGUGGCUGAGCCCUGGGAGCAGCCAUGUGCUGGGUGUGUUUGUAUCCUGGCAGGAGGAGGAGGGGCCUGGGAGGAGGGGUGCUGGAGGAGCAAGGUGCUCAGAGGAUCUGGCUCAAGGAGGGUGGGGUAGGGGGGAUCUUUGAGUGAGCUGGGGCAGUGGCAGGAGGGGAAUUCCAGUCUCAAACUUCCUGUCUCAGCUGCUGUUUGGUUCCUGCCCUGCCAGCCCCUCCCCGCAAGGGCAGGCAAGCUUGCCCCCAGCAUAUGCAAAUCGUGGGGAAAUUCACCUCUGUUUCCUUCUAAGGGAAUUUUUCUCCACUAGCCAGGCCCAGCCUAGGCAGAUCUUUUCACCUGGGGAGGCUGGCCCAGCCUUGCCCUCCGUCCUGGGGCAGCAGCAGCUGCAUCCUAUCAGUGCCUGGUUAGCCAGACUAGGAGGAGGCCCUGACCUUCCAGGCAAAGAGAACUUGGAGAGGGAGGAUGUCCAGUUUUCCCGUGCCAGCACAGCUUCCUCCAGUGCAGUGUGAAUGGAAAUAAAGCUAGCUGGAGAGGGUCUCCCAGGCUCAUAUGUUCUACUUCAGCCAAGAGUAAGGCUCCGAUUACUUGCCCACGGAAUAUUUCAAGUUGCUAGAGAGCAAAAUCGUCCCCAGCCGAGCUUUGCAAUGCUCAGACGCAGUGCAUGCGCUCAGAACCCUGGCAUUCCAUGAGGUCCUAGCCUGUGAAGGUGCUGGCCUAGGAUGGGCACUUGCACCUACACAUGUGCACAGGCAGGGGAGCUCAUGUGCAUAGCAGGGACAGGCAGCCAAGCCAGGGAGGACAGUACCCCAUUGUCACAGCAAGACAGAACAGAAGACAGGUCCAGGGAAGCUGGCAGUCUGAUGGCAGAGCACUGUACACGGUGUGAUACAGACCAGGGACCAGAUAUCCUGGUUGUCAGGGAAGGCUUUCUCCUUCCCGGCUGUUAGCAGCCUGCCUCUCUUAAAACACUUGUCCGAACUCCAUUUGGAAAGCAUUUUCCUCCCAAAUAAACUUGUGUCUUCUGUUAGAGACCAGGUUACAAGUUUUGACUGUCUUGCCACUGGCCAGAUGACCUUGGAUGAGUCAGGGAGCCUUCCUUCCCAAGGCUUGUAAGGAUGAGGUGAUGUAUCCCGCCUCCAGUUAGAGCUCAGUACCUGCUAAUUCCCAUUUUGUCCUCAUGGUCAGAGUCAUUAUCUUUCAUUGUACCUGCCGGAGAACCUGCACAUGGGGUGGCUCUGAGCACGGGCUCUGCUCCACCGUUACUGCUGUGUGACCCUAGCGACUAAGUUUCCCUCUCUGCACCACAGCUUUCAUCUGGAGAAAGGGGGUAAUAAUGAUAGAGCCCACCUCAUGGGCUUAUUAAUGUUCAGUGUGAGGCACUUUGAGUGGGGCCUGGGGCCCAGCUCUCAGUAAAUGUUAACUUUUAUGAGUAGGCUGGCAGAUGGGCGGGGGGCACCAGAUGGGAUGAGUGCUGCCCAAUGCUGGACUUUGUCUCCUACAAUUUACAGAGAACUUCAGACCUUGGUGCCCAACCUCACCCCGAAACAGCACCUGUGCCCCCUAGUUGCCCCCCUCCCUGUCUACCUUCACUUGGGACUCCAGCUCUCACCACCACCCCCUGGCCCCCCUCCCCCCCGCCAAAGCCACCCACAGGAUGUGGUCGGCCCUGGACCUGCCUCUUUUGCGUAACAUGUAUUCUGUUUUAUUUGCCAAAUAUGAAAGUCUGAAUUGUUCUUUGAGGGGCAGUGAGAGGCCAGGACUGCUGAUCCCAGCAGCCCUUCUGUAACACCUGGUCUCACCUAGGAGCCCCCACAGCCCCCUUCCCCCUCCUAGGAAAUCCAGUUGGAACCUCCACUUUAUUGGACCAUCUUUGGCCUCAGGCCAGUAAGAAGUUAUCUCCUUGCCAUGGCCCUUCUUGAAGAAGCUGCAGGCUGCUGGGCACAUUUUUUCAGACAGAGAAACUGAGAGCCACAGGAGCACCUCUAGGCUUCCCUCUUUGGAUGAGGGCUGUUCCCUGGACCAAGGCAGGGGAGAUGUCCCCUCUCUCAGCUCUCCUUGCUAACAGAGUCCCCUGGUGUCUUCCUGUCUUGAGAUGAAGAGGCGGGUGAAGGGAAGUCAGGGCUGGUCCAGGCGUUUUGGGGAAUUGGCCGUCUUGGGAGGAAAAGCCAUGUCCUUUCACUUUCGAACUGAAAGGCUUCCUGUCAUGUGUUGAAGUUGGGAAUCCAGCGCAGUCUUCUUUGCCCUCCUCAGGCCUCAGCCCCUGAGCUUAGUGUAAGGACUGAACUUUAAUCCGGAAGAAUCUAGUUUCUCCUCGGUCAGCCAGGCUGGUACUUUCCCCACCCCCACCCACAGCACUGUGAGCCAGGGAGGGGUGGUGACUCAGUCUGCGUGUACAUCUGCGUCCCUGUGGUCCCAGCGGCUCCCGGGUGGGGCAGGAACCAGAAGUCCCCGGUGCCUUUCCCCCACCCCCAGGUGUGUUGCAAGUGGCCUGACCCUCCCCCACCAUGGGGAGCUGGUACUGCCAGAUUCCUGGGUGUUUCCUCACUUUCAGGAGAUGGAACCUCAGGGAAAAGUCCCAGCUGGGUCUGGCCAUCCUGGUGCUGUGGGAAGCAGCCCAGGGAAUGGAAACCUUGGGCCCCCAACUGCAAAGCCAUGGAAACAAGGAGGUCUUCUCCUGCCGGGGCAUCUUGCUGGCAGUGAACUGGUUUCUAGAGCGAGGACACACAGACAUCACGGUAUUUGUGCCAUCCUGGAGGAAGGAGCAGCCACGACCCGAUGUGCCCAUCACAGACCAGCACAUCCUGCGGGAACUAGAGAAGAAGAAAAUACUGGUGUUCACACCAUCGCGGCGGGUGGGUGGCAAGCGAGUGGUCUGCUACGAUGACAGAUUCAUUGUGAAGCUGGCCUUUGAGUCUGACGGGAUUGUGGUCUCCAACGACACAUAUCGUGACCUCCAGGGCGAGCGCCAGGAGUGGAAGCGCUUCAUCGAGGAGCGGCUGCUCAUGUACUCCUUCGUCAAUGACAAGUUCAUGCCCCCUGAUGACCCCUUGGGCCGGCAUGGGCCCAGCCUGGACAACUUCCUGCGUAAGAAGCCACUUACUUCUGAGCAUAGGAAGCAGCCGUGUCCCUACGGGAGGAAAUGCACCUAUGGGGUCAAGUGCCGAUUCUUCCACCCAGAGCGGCCAAGCCGCCCCCAGCGCUCUGUGGCUGAUGAGCUCCGUGCCAACGCCCUCCUCUCACCCCCAAGGGCCCUGAGCAAGGACAAAAGUGGCCAGCGGUCUUCACCUUCAUCUCAGUCUGACUCUGUAACUACAGAGAGUGAGCAGUGCAGCCUGGAUGGGAAGAAGCUGGGGGCUCGAGCAUCCCCAGUGCCCCGCCGGGAAAGUCCAGCACAGACCUUCACUCCAUCAGGCAGGAGCCACCCACCUAGUGGGGGCAGUGGCAGCAGCUUUGGGCCCAUGGACUGGUUCCCACAGACCCUGGACUCACUCCCAUAUACCUCCCAGGAUUGCCUGGAUUCAGGCAUUGGCUCCCUGGAGAGCCAGAUGUCAGAACUGUGGGGGAUUCGAGGAGGAAGCCCUGGUGAGCCAGGCCCACCCCAGGGCCCUUAUGCUCGCUACACCCACUAUGGAUCUGAGCUUCCAGCCACUCCAGCCUUCUCUGCCUUUGGACGGGCCAUGGGUGCUGGCCGCUUCAGUGUCCCUGCCGACUACGCACCCCAGCCACCGGCAUUUCCACCUCGGGAGUACUGGUCUGAGCCGUACCCACUGCCACCACCCACCCCAGUCCUUCAGGAGCCCCAGGUGCUAAGCCCAGGGGCUGGUGGGGGUCCAUGGGGGAGGGUAGCCAGCCUGGCCAAGGAGCAGGCCAGUGUGUACACCAAGCUGUGUGGUGUCUUCCCCCCACACCUGGUGAAGGCCGUGAUGAGGCGCUUCCCACAACUCCUGGACCCCCAGCAGCUGGCUGCCGAAAUCCUUUCCUACAAGUCCCAGCACCCCAAUGAGUAAGCCUCAAGCAGCCCCGAGGCUUACCCUGGAGGCUGGAGAGAGGGAGGAGUAAAGUAGGGAGGGAACCCACAAACCAAAGAUACUGUAGGAUUGGUUCUGGCCCACGCAGCCCCCUAGCCGUCGGCCUGAGUGGGUCAGAAGUGAUCACCCUGUUGAUACACAUUGUAUCUCUGUAGUUUAAGGAGACGCUGCCAGUAAAGGCGUCAGUCCGUGGCUGAGGCCCAAACCUUCUUUUCUCUCGGAUGGUGGAGAGGGAGGUGGGGGAGCAGAGACCUGGGCUGCGGACCCUGUGUGCCACCCCCCACCUCCACUCUACACCCGGGACGCCAGCCUGGGCUGGCUAGUUGGGCACUGUGUGCCUGCCCUCCAAGGGCUCCCUACACCAAUGAGGCCUCCUGAGUGUUCCUGCUGGGCACAAGGCUUCAUGUUAGUAAGCAAGAUGCUUCUUAAUAACCCACCUUCCACCCCCUCUAUUCACCUGUCCCAUCGCCCCUGCUGAGGGUCAGGGGCCCUCUGUCUCUACCCUUUAUUCUCUCCCUUACUCUGUACUGAGAGUCAUCGCACCCAUCUCCAAGGAUGGGGGCAUAUGUAUAUGUUUAUGCAAGGUGCAUAUUUUCAAUGUUGUAAGUGGAAAGUCUGUAACAUCAAUAAAGUACAAUCAAGGUGAGCCCUUCUAAGAGGUGACUGUCUUUGUUGAGCUGGCCUCUGGGUGAUGGACAGCCAGCAGGUGUAUACCCCUAACCUGUCUUCGCCCACAGGUUAGCCACUCCAUGCCAGCUCU